UUUUGCUUGUUUUCGAAAGCCACCAUUGAAUCGGACAGCUGGAUCACUAUGCUCUUACACUUGUUUUCAAAAGCCCAUUAUUUUAACACAUUUGAACUCUUCACAUCUAUCUUUGACUAUCUUUAGCAUGACCUUAAUUACAAGAACAUAUUGAUUGUAUAUUUCAUUGGUAAGUAUAUGGGAAAAUUUAUCAACACAGACGCCUUAACUUUACCAAGACUCCAUUGAAACAUCAAUAAUACCAGCUUUGUUUAAAAGGUGAGUCAAUUACCGAGAUGGGAGGAGGAGGACACAUAUGAAGCAAAAAAAAAAAGUCAUCUUUUUUCAACUACCAAUAAACAAGUACAAAAGAACUCAAAAUACCAUGAAAAUAGAAAACGUAUUAUAAUCGUUCGUUUUCAGUCAAUCUGAAUCUACUGCGCUUUUCUCCUCUACCCGAAUGCUUUCGCCUUCUCCUUCCAGCCAGCCUUUUACAUUCUUCACAAUCACAGAUCGGUACUCUUUCAGGUUGCAUGUUGCUCCUCCUCCGCAAAUUUGAAAAAUCUGUGGUGCACAGAGUUUGAUGAGGAGCUCAAUAUAGAGGGACCGGCAGUAUUGCUGGCUAUCCAACAGCAACAAGACAACACACUUUUCAGUCGCUUUACUCUAUUGCUGUUUUAAGACUCAAAGCUUGCCCAAAGAGAAGGGCCAUGGGGGAUCUUUAUGUGUGGCUCAUAUCUUUCUUCAUCCUCAUUGCUCUACUCAUCCUUAUUGUUUACCAGCUUAUGUGUCUUGCUGAUCUAGAAUUUGAUUAUAUCAACCCCUACGACUCUUCAGCAAGGGUAAAUAGAGUGAUUUUGCCCGAGUUCAUUACACAAGGACUGCUGUGUGUCUUCUUCUUUCUAUCAGGGCAUUGGGUUAUGUCAUUAUUGUGUGGUCCGUAUCUCUAUUAUAACGUGCAACUAUAUGCGCGGAAGCAGCACCUGGUAGAUGUUACUGAGAUAUUCAACAUGCUUCAUAAAGAAAAGAAGCAAAGGCUUUUCAAACUCUUUUAUCUCAUUAUCCAACUGUUUCUUUGCAUAUUUUGGAUGAUCCUAACUGCACUCGAAGAUCAUGACGAUUAAUGAGGAUAGUUGCUUUCUAGUGGUUAGCUGCCUAAAUGGUUGCUUGGUACAAUAUGGGAUGCUAUAUUUAGAUACAAGUCCAUUUGUUAAGGAGGGAACUUGGUGUGACUUUUGCAGUGUUUUGUAUAAGCUGCAGCCGCAAGGGAGCUCCCGGGUUAAGUUUGUAUUAAGUUAUUAACUAAGCUAGUUUACUAUUUCCAUGAGUUUCCGGAAAUAGGUUUGCUCACAUAUUUAGCUAGCUUUGCUACUUGUUUUCUGAGUAAUAUAUGUAUUAGGUUGUUCGAGUACUUUAUUUUGUUUUAAUGUAAAGCAAUGAUUGUUGUUGUAAUAAAUGUCUAAUCAUAAUAAAGAAAGAAAUACAUUAGCUCAA